AUGGACUCGGGCACGGCACCCAGAUCAACCUCUCGCCCUCGUCCCUCCUCCAGACCUACAACACCGCUCCGGCCAGGUUCACGGUCCUCGAUUCGUGAUUCUCAUGGAUUUGGAACAAGUUGGAACCAAGAUGGCAUCUCUCAAGCCGCUGUCAAUGCACUAGAACCGCAGUUUGCGGAAUUGGCGGAUUCCAUGGCAGAUCUCGAAGCCAAUUUUAUGUAUCUCCAGCUGAUGCAUGAGAGCUUGUCGCGAUUUAAUGAGUGUUUUGCUAGCUUCUUGUACGGACUGAAUAUGAAUGCGUUUUGUGUUGACUUUCCUGAGGCGCCUAUUCCAGAUUCCUUCAAAAGAGCAAAGCAAGCAGAAGAUUCCAUGCCUGCGAAUGAGCCAUUGACAACAACGGAAAAUGACGCUGAAGCGACUUUCUUAACUUCUGAUACAUCGUUUGUUGACCACCCUCCCACAUCUACCAGAUCAACCUCAAAAUAUUCAACCCCCGCUCCCUCCAACCGCAGCUUCAGUACUUCUAGUCGAGGCACCAUUGGCGGCCUCUAUUCGACUAGGGCUUCGACAAGGAGUCGCUCCAGUGGGCCUGCAAAACCUAGAGCGCGUGGAAUCCGAUAA